UCUCCCACCCAUCGUCUUCCUUCCUUGCACCUCUUCACCCCCACAACUCCUCGUCCCGCGGCCGCCACGCCGCCGUACGGUAGGGUCCCGAGCCGCUUCCCCGCUACCGCGUCCUCCCAUUCUCGCCGCCCCGCUCCAGCCGCGCGCUCGGGCCAGCCGCCUCCGCCUCCGCCGCGGGAUCGGCCGGCGCCCAGAUUCGUACCGGGCCGCGCCCGCCCCCGCGUCAGCGCCGGCGCGGCCUCCGCUUCACCAGUCCCGGCGGGACCCCGCCCUGGAGGGGCGCGAUCAGCGACGGGGAUGGCUCUGUAGGGCGCCCUCGCUAGGGUUUUCGCGCGCCCGGUGCCAUGGACGCCGCGGGGCCCCGGGAGGGUUCUGAUCGGGCGCCGGACGCCUCCGCCGCGAAGAUGGACGGCGCCGCGGUGGGGGAGCCUGCCGCGGCCAGUGAGGCGGAGGCGGCGGGUGAAGGCGCCGCGGCGGAGCGUGCGCGUGACGCGGGGGCCUCGGCGAGCGACACGGGGGUGGAGGCUGGUGAGGGCGGCGCCGCGGGCGGAGAGCACCCCGUGGAGACUGUGGCCGACGGGGUGGAUGGGGGUGGUGCUGCUGAGGGUGGAGGACGCUCAAAUGUGGCUGCAUCGGAGGAGGUGGAUGAGGGCAGCAUUCAGGGGGGAGUGCAGGGUGUGGCUCCUGUGGUGUCCGAAGCGAAGAUGGAGGUGGAUGCGGGUGGCGCCGCUAGCAAAGAGUGCUCCGUGGGUUCUACGCUGAGCGAGGUGAAUGUGGGGAUCCUUCCAGGGCCAGCACCUGAUUUAGCUCCUGCGGUGUCUGAAGCGAAGAUGGAGGUGGAUGCGGGUGGCGCUGCAAGCAAAGAGAACUCUGCAGCUUCUACGGUGAGCGAGGUGAAUGUGGGGAUCCUUCCAGGGCCAACGCCGGAUUUGGCUCCAGUGGUGUCUGAAGCGAAGAUGGAGGUGGAUGGCAGCUGCGUUCGGGAACAAGAGUGCACUGCGGCGGCUGUGGCAGGAGAGGUUCAGAUGGAGGAAGGUGAUGGCAGAGUGGUGAACCAAGGGCCUGCAACAAUACCUGCCGGGGGCAUUCAGGUGAAACAGGAGGUGGGGGAAUGCUUGGUGGGCCGCUACAUUGGCCGGAGCGUUCCGGGGCAUGCAAGGAUUCUUAUUGGGAAGGUUGCGUCCUAUGAUAGCACAACUGGGGUCUACAGUGUGGUGUUUGAGGAUGGACAUGGUGAGGAUCUGGGGCUUCCUCAGAUCCAGGAGUUUCUCAUGUCCGAUGAGAACGGUGCAUUGGGCAUGAAGGUGAGCUGCAGGAAGAGGAAGCUAGACUUGCUGGUUUCAUCAGGGAGUGCCUCGGAGGUGAAAGAGCCAGCAAGUACUAGGCAGAGGGUUGAUGGAUGUGAGACAUCUGCCAGGCCUGAUUCACUGCAGCAUAGUGGGUCUGGCUCGGAUAUGUCUGAGGAUGUUGAAUCUUCGAGUAAUUCAUCAGAUUUCACUAAAGAAGAUCCAUCUGAGCCAUGCCCUCCUGUACAGGCCGUGGAGUUGCCUCCAUCAUCCGGAGACAUUGCUGUGCCAGAAGAGUCAAUAAGUUAUCUCUUUUCUGUUUAUAACUUCCUGCGAUCAUUCAGCGUGCGGCUGUUCCUGAGUCCAUUUGGGCUGGAUGAUUUUGUCGCAGCCAUUAAUUGCACUGCGCAGAAUAACUUGUUGGAUGCUGUACAUGUCUCACUACUGCAGGCACUGAGGCGGCAUCUUGAAUCGAAAUCUGCUGAGGGAUCCCAGCUUGCUUCUAAUUGCUUGAAGUAUCUGGACUGGACAUUACUGGAUGCGUUGACUUGGCCAACUUUCUUACUAGAGUACCUGUAUGUGACGGGUUGCAUUAAGAAUCUAGGGGGGCGGAGUUUUGGUAGAAGCAUCCUAGCCACUGAAUACUAUAAACUUCCUGUUGCCAUGAAGCUGAGAGUGCUGCAAAUACUCUGUGAUCAUGUCAUUGAAUCAGAUGAACUCAAAACUGAACUGGAGGACCGAGACGGCUACAACGAGGAGCUGGAAUAUGAGAUGGAUUCUGGCGCCCUUUUGGAGGCUGGUUCAAAAGCAGUUUCGACUAGAGCCUCAAAGGCCUCUGCCUACAAAAGGAUGAAUGAUUUACAGAACCUGGAAAGCGCUCCGAAUGUAACAAACCCAGAAGAUGCAGUAGCAAACGCUUCUCAGGAUGGCAACAGUGAUGAUUGCCGAAUAUGUGGAAUGGAUGGGACUUUAGUAUGCUGCGAUGGCUGCCCAUGGGCAUAUCAUUCAAGAUGUAUUGGUCAAAACAAAGCCUUCCUUCCCCAGGGAGAGUGGUUUUGUCCAGAAUGUGUGGUUAACAAGCUUGGAUCAACUUCGUCAAGAAUUGAGCGUGGUGCAAGAGGAGCUCAAACAUUCGGCAUUGAUAUGUGUGGGAGGCUAUUCUUAGGAACCUGCGACUAUUUGCUGGUGAUCGAAACAUCUUCAGAUGCAGAGUCUUAUGCAAGAUAUUACAAUCAUUAUGAUGUUGUCAAGGUCCUCCAAAGACUUGCUCCCUCAGAUGCAUAUAUGGAUAUAUGCAGGCAAAUAGAGGAAUACUGGAAGCAUUUACUUGGUAUAGCUCAAAGUGAGAGAUCAAAAAUAGGUAAAGAAGUUGGUGUGAGCCAUACUCUACAAUCCGGUAUGUUGAGUUUUAUUCCAAGAAAAGCAGAUGGAAGUGACUGGACAACGUUAAAAGAUGGUGGGGACAGUAAAACAGUAGCACUUCCUCAAUCCAAUGUGCAGCAGAAACUUGUGGCUAAUGAGGAACAAAAAUGCAUGCCCAGCUUAGUUGCUGUCACCGAGAGGAAUGCUGAAGUUUGCAAUCAAACUCUAUCAGUUCAAUACAGCAUACAUAAUGCACCCAGAAAUGGAGCUUUUGGACCAUCUGUGGUAUCAUCAAUUUCUCAUCAGAAUGGAUCUGUGAGCACCAUUUCUGCAAAGUGUACAUCUUAUCAAGGUAAACAACAUGUUCAGUCGUUUGCUGAAAGAUCUGGAAACAUAAGUGGUGGUAAGGCAGCAAAAUUGUCGUCUUUUAAACCACAGGCUUACAUUAAUCUCUACAAUCAUGGCAACAUUGCAGCAUCUGCUGCUGCCAAUCUUGCUGUCAUUACAUCUGAUGAAGGUAAGGUUUCAGCAUCCAAACUGACUGCAAACCCAAGGAAAAGAAUGGCUGCAGACAAUUCUCUGCAAUUGAAAGCAUUUUCCUCAGCAGCCGCACAGUUUGUUUGGCCGAGUACCGAAAAGAAGCUUAUGGAAGUCCCAAGAGAUAGGUGUGGUUGGUGCCUUGCUUGUAGAAGCUCAGCAAUUGGAAAUAAAAAGGCUUGUUUUCUUAACAUGGCCACUGCAAAUGCUGCUAAAGGGUCUGCUCGAAUUCUCAGUGCCAUGCGUGUAAUUAAAAGUUCCGAUAGCCAUUUCCCCAGUAUUGUUGCUUAUUUAGCCAACAUGGAGGAAAGUUUGCGCGGCCUAUUAGUUGGUUCACUACAGGACGUGCAGCAGAAAGAACGGUGGCAUCAACAACUACAAGAAGCGUCCAACUGCAGAACUGUAAUACCACUGUUGCUUGAGUUGGAAAGCAACAUCCGUGGAGUGGCAUUUUCUGCAAGCUGGUGUAAGCCAAUAGAUGACUGGCCUGUGGAAUCUCCUGGUCUAUCGGCAGGAGCGUCUCGUCCUGCACAAUACCAAAAACGUGGGGCUGGUGGAAGACGUGGCAGAAAACGUUCGUUGACAUCUGAAUCUGGUACUGUUACUGAUGAUGACAACAGCUGGACUUGGUGGACCGGAGGAAAUAUUUCAAAACGUACUUUGCAGAGGGGGGCUAUUCUAUGUUCAACCAUAAGAAAAGCUGCUCGCCAAGGUGGCAAAAAGAGGAUAGCAGGUUUAUCUUACUAUGAAGGUUCCGAUUUUCCAAGACGAACUCGGCAAUUUGCUUGGAGGGCAUGUGUUGGACUAAGCCAGACUUCAUCUCAACUUGCUCUGCAGGUUAGAUAUCUUGAUGCCCACAUUAGAUGGAAGGAAUUCAUCCCUCCAGAUCAAAUUCCUUCAGAUGGAAAAAGUUCUGAUGCUGACUUUUCUGCCCUCAGAAAUGCUGUAAUCUGUGAUAAAAAAAUAAUUGACAAUAAGUUAAGAUACGCACUUAAGUUUCCCAACCAGAAGCAUCUUCCUGUGCGCGUGACAAAAAAUAUCUUGGAAGCAGAAGGCGAUCAGGAUGAAAAUAGCAAAUUGUGGUUUUCUGAAAACCAUGUGCCACUGUACAUGUUGCGAGAAUUUGAGCAGAAUGCUGGGAGUAAAUCCUUGUCUACUCCUGGAAUUUCGAGCUCUAACUAUUUCACCAAUUUCUACCCAAGGCGAGAAAAAGCAUGUGUUGGAGAUGUGUUUUCUUAUCUCUUUCAUAAGGGAGAGGUCUAUCCCUGCACCUCAUGCAAGAAGGAUGUUCUGUACAGGGAUAUUGUUAAAUGCGGUUCUUGUCAAGGUAAUUGUCAUAAAGAGUGUACAUCAAGAUCUAUUGUUAGUAAAGGAGGCAGUGCUACUUCGAAUUUGACAUGCAAAUUAUGCCUCCAGAAGCAGAAUCUUAUGCUUACAAGUUACAACACAAAUGCAAGUUAUAUCCGGCUUCAACAGAAGAGUACUGGCCAGCAGCAAGUGACCGCUCCCAAAAUUGUCUUUAAGGUUGGUUCUUCCCAUUCUGCUGAACCUACCCUGAAAGUUGAAGCGCAGCCAGUCACAAAGGUUAAAGCUCAGCCAGCCACAAAGAUUAAAAUAGCACAGCCACUUGCGAAGGUGGAAGCUCAGCCAAUUCUGAAUAUGAAAUCCCAGCCAAUUGCAAAGGUGGAAACCCAGCCACUCACGAAGGUGGAAGCCUUGCCAAUUACAAAUGUGGCAACUCCUAAUGACACAAGUGUACAAGCUCAGCCAAAGACAAAAGCUAAGUCAAAGUCAGAAAAACCGAAGAAACCUAAAAAGGUUCAAGUGAUCACAUAUUUUGGUCUCGUAUGGAAGAAAAAUAAGAAUGAUAAGGAUGAUGGAAGUGAUUUCAGAGCAAAUGAUGUAAUCCUUAAAAGUAAGGAUGGUUUUGGUUCACCAAUAAAACCAAUUUGUUGCCUCUGUAACAAAACUUAUUCUCCGGAUUUCCUUUAUGUACGCUGUGAGAGGUGCAGAAAUUGGUUUCAUGGUGAUGCCUUGCAACUUGAGGAUGAAAGGAUUGGUGAGUUGGUUGCAUACCGGUGCUGUAGGUGCCGAAGGAGAGCCAUACCCCAAUGUCCUCAUUCAGAUGAUUAUACAAAGCCUGAAGCAGAAUUUAGUGAACAGACAGUUGCUACAUCAUCACAAUCAACAAUGCUAUCUAGUGAGGAGACUCUUCCUUUAGCAGAUGAGGACCCACUGCUUGCUUCAUAUGGAAUUGUCGAAUCGAUUAGGGAAGAAGUGGAUGCUGAUUUAUCAACUAACAUGGUAAGCUUUGCCCCAGGAAGCAACCAGAAGCUGUUGGUAAGAAGAGCACAAACUAAAACCUGUGAAUAUCUUGAUCAAGCUGGUAUACCUGUGGAUGGGUAUUAUAUCCAGAAUCAACCUCCUGGAAAUGGAAACGUCAGUUUCAGCAAUAUGAAUGAAUAUUCUUUUUCAGAGGCUGACAGCGUGGAUGCUUCAGAGUUAUUGGGGUGGGGUUUUUCCCAAGGAACUGCAUAUGCUGAUUCCACUGCUAAUCACCAAUCAAAUGACACUAGCUGUGGCAGCUUUGCAAUGGACCAGUAUGAACCUCAGACUUAUUUUUCAUUCACCGAGCUGCUUGAAGCUGAUGAUACACAGCUUGACAAUCCAUUUGGGAUGUCUACUGGUCUGCAAGACGAUGUCAACUGCACAGGAAACUUUGAUCAACAAGGAGCUGGUUUUGAUGAUAUGUCUUUUAUGAUAGAAGAUGGAGCUUCAAAUAUGAACUUCCCAACAGAUGAUCCCUCCCCUACUGUGGUAGCAUGUCACAAGUGCCAGAACACCGAGCCACCACCCGAUCUCAAAUGUGCAGCCUGCAACCUGCACAUACACCAGCAUUGCUCACCUUGGGAUGAAAAUGUGCCGCCUACUGUGAGUGGCGAUUGGAGUUGUGGUGCUUGUCGAGAAUGGCGAUGAUUAACUUCUGAACUUCAUUGCAUCUUUUGGGAGUGGCAGCGCCAGCUGAGAUUGCAGGUGGAAGGUAAUUGUCAAAGUGCACCACUGAUCUGGAUGAAAAUUCUCCAUCAAGCUGUUAUGAUGCACUGCUACUGAUUGUUCGGAUGCGGUUUGUUAUUUGACAAAAAAAAAACUUUAACGACCAUACAGUUAGACUACUAGACUAGCAAUGACUGCUGCGAAGUUUACACUGUACAUACUGAAGGAUGGGUCGCCAGAGACCAUUUUCCAUUCUUUAGAGUUUAGAUUGUUUAUUUUUUGGUAGUUUUAGAGCUAGGAGAUGCUGUUAGCAACGUGGUAUAUGGUUCAGGGAAACCAUUAUCAUGUAAUUGUAUUAUAAACACCUUGCAUUGUUUCCUCGUCUUUUCGGAUGGAAAGUGCCUCUUCGUCAUGAGGCCUUUCUCAGCCCAA